AUGGGCAAGGACGACAAAAAGAAGAAGGCCGCCCCCAAGAAGGAGGCGAAGAAGGACGAUGAUGGUGGCGGCAAGACGCAGACCGGACCCCCGCCCGGAGCUCCUCCGCCCCCUUCCGGCCCGCGCCCUGCCACCAACGCCAAGGAGGAGGUGCAGCGCUGGUGCGACACUUGUCUCCAGAAGGGUGUCCAGGGGUUGCGCGACGAGUUCGCCUCCCAGAUCAAGCGCUACGUGCCGGCGGACAUGCAGUUCGAGGCGUUCAAGACGAACCACCCGGCUGGCCGCAACCGAUAUCAAGACGUGCCGUGCCAGGACAAGGGCCGCGUCGUCCUCCGCCCCCCAGCCCCCUGCGACUACAUCCACGCGAACUUUGUGCGCACGCCGAUGGGCGAGCAGCGCUUUAUCUGCACCCAGGGCCCCCUCGACAACACCAUCAUCGACUUUUGGUAUAUGAUCAUACAGGAGGAGACCGACUCGAUCAUCAUGCUGUGCAACGUCAUCGAGAAGGGGCUGCUGAAGUGCGCGCAGUACUGGCCGAACGAGCAGGGGCAAAACCUGAAGCCGGCCGACAACAUUGAAAUUGUCAACGUCGAGACGCGCGCGAUGAUGCCCGAGGACCAGAGCAUCCGGCUCUGCGUCCUCAAGCUCAAGUGGAACUUUGGCAGCCCGCAGGAGCGCGAGGUGCGGCACUACCAAUGGCUGGAUUGGCCGGAUCGCGGCGUGCCGAUCGUCAAGGGACACACGCCCACCGAACUGCUGUCCCGCGUCCGCGGCACGAAGAAGCCCAUCGCCGUCCACUGCUCGGCCGGCAUCGGCAGGACCGGUACCAUCGUGGCCAUCGAGUACACGCUGGAGCGCCUGAUGACCGGCCAGUGCACGGUGGACAUGGACAAGCUGCUGAAGGAGGUGCGCGACCAGCGCCCGUACACCAUCCAGAACGACGCGCAGUACCUCUACAUCCAUCGCGUGCUGCUGAACUACUUCUUCGGCAAGUACAGUCACGCCAAGGGCAAGGAGCAGCUGGAGAAGUACAACAAGUUUAUCGCCGACUACGAGAAGGCCACCGCC